AUGUCGUCGUCGUUGCGCCGCCGCCCGCCCCCGCCGCCGCCGGCGUGGACGCCCGAGCCGUGGAGCGACGGGGAGACGUCCGCGCUGCUCGACGCGUGGGGCCCGCGCCACCUCCGCACGCGCGGCGGCGCGCUCCGCCCCGCCGACUGGCGGGCCUGCGCCGACGCCGUCACCUCCCACCGCGCCGCGGCCGGCCGGGCGCCGCGCACCGUCGACCAGUGCAAGAACCGCCUGGAUUAUCUCAAGAAGCGCCUCAGGGCCGAGGGCUCCAGGCCCAAGGGGGCCCCGCCGACGCCGCCGCCGGUCUCGGGGUGGCUCGACCGCCUCCGCGGGCUGCUGCACCUCGCCCCCUCCGCGCCUCCAGGGUUCGCGCACCGUCUCGGCGCCAAAACGACGAAGGUGAAGGUUAAGGAGGAGGAGGACGACGACGACGACGAGGAGGACGAGAAGGCGAGCGGCGGGGAUCCUCUGCCCCGCUGCUGGCCGCCGGUGCCCAAGCGGCCGAGGACGGCGGUGGCGCUGUCGCCGUUGAACGCCGCCUCCGGGGAGCACCCUGAAGGCGGCGGGAGGAGCUGCACGGAAGUGGCGGCGGCUCUGGAUAGGCUUGCCGGGACGUACGAGCGGGUGGAGGCGGCGAAGCAGAAGGAGGCGGCGCGGCUGGAGGAGCGGCGCCUGGAGGCGAUGCGUGAUCUCGAGAUCGAGCGUAUGCGGCUCCUCGUCGACGUCGCCGUCACCACCUCCGUCGGUGUCGAUGGCGCCGCCGCCACAACCGCCGACGGCGACUUCUAG